AAAAGGCGUCAAAAAAUUUGCAAAUUCUCGUGUCUGAGCCGACGGUGGGUGCCGUAUUGUUGCGUUGCCGCGGAUUGUCGCGUCUCGCGCGUGUGUGCGUACGUGCGUGACACGUACGAGACGUGUACUUUUCCGGGGUGCGGUGCGUUUGCACUACGGAAAAUUGUGAUCCUCGGAUAUCUUAAUAUGCUCGAAGGAUCGGCCAAGUUCAGGAAAAAGAGCUACUCCGCCUGAAGAGAGUGCUCGAAGCUGCGCGCAUGCUUCCGUGCCUGCUCCCUCGCCAUUUUGGAGGUGAAUAUCAUUUUUUUCCUUGCAGCCGGAGCUUUGGAUAAAUUUCAGUUGAUAUACCGGGAUCCGAUCGUGAUGUCAUACAUUCGACCCAAACACGGCAAGCGUUUUCGACCACACCGACAAUGUCCCUCUGCUGUAUUUACGGGACCAAUCUGACGCGAUUGCUUCGAGACAGAGACCCAACCCUCCUUACGCCCGCAUUUCUAUCUCCUGCAAAUUUCACUCGACCGCCUUCUUUACUUACCAACCCUAGUUUUACAAUUAUUUCUGUUUCUCUUGUAGAAAUGUUUGUCAUUUAAUAUCCUCGCAUCAGUACCGAUUAAAUUCUUUUCGACGUUCGUCGCGGAUAUUCUUUUUAAAAACAUACGACAUUUCUUAGAAUCUAAUGCAUUUAUCGACUGAUAGAUUGGUGUGGUGUGAUUUGUAUUGAGGACCUCGUGAUAAGUGUCAAGUUAGUUUUAAUUAAACAAGGAAACACAUUGUAGUGACAAGAUUUGGUGUUGCUUUAACUUCGCAUUACUUAUGUUCGUAUAAGUUUUUUUUUUAUUUAAAAAAGCGCCUGCUGUUAUUAAUUUAAUUGUACAACACGUUCAAGCAGAAAAAUAUGAAACAAAGAUAGAAUAUUGAAUUUUGGAAUGGACUGACAGAGGUUUAAAUAAGAUUAUAAAAUUUAGGGUAGAAGAUCGGAAGGCAGGAAGACGUCUAACGGUGUCUGAAAUAGGCCUCGGCCAUUUAGUUAUUAACACCUUUACUAUGCCAGCUGUUGCAAGGCCUGGUAGUCUUAAGGAUCCAGAGAUUGCUGAAUUAUUUGAGAAAAAUGAUCCGGAGAAAAUAUUUGAGGACUUGCGCGAAAUCGGGCAUGGUAGUUUUGGCGCUGUUUAUUAUGCACGAUGUUUGGUUACCAAAGAGAUUGUUGCCAUCAAAAAAAUGACAUAUUUGGGAAAACAAACGGUUGAAAAGUGGCAAGAUAUUCUGAAGGAAAUACGGUUUCUUAGACAGCUUGAUCAUCCUAAUACAAUAAAAUAUAAGGGCUGCUACCUCAGGGACCAUACCGCCUGGUUGGUGAUGGAAUAUUGCCUUGGAUCUGCAUCAGACAUUAUCGAAGUCCAUAAAAGACCCUUAAAAGAAGAUGAAAUAGCUGCGAUUUGUGAUGGUGUACUAAAUGGUUUGGAUUAUCUUCAUGGUUAUGGAAGGAUCCAUAGGGAUGUUAAGGCAGGGAAUAUUUUACUUACUGAAAAUGGAACAGUAAAAUUGGCAGAUUUUGGUUCUGCAAGUAUAAAAUGGCCAGCAAAUAGCUUUGUAGGUACUCCUUAUUGGAUGGCACCAGAAGUGAUAUUAGCUAUGGACGAAGGACAAUAUGAUGGAAAAGUGGAUGUAUGGUCUCUUGGUAUAACAUGUAUUGAACUAGCGGAGAGAAAACCACCUUAUUUUAACAUGAAUGCCAUGAGUGCUUUGUAUCAUAUUGCUCAGAAUGACGCACCAACUUUAAAUUCUUCAAAUUGGUCAGAUGUUUUCCGGCGUUUCGUUGAAGUAUGUCUUAUCAAAAGUCCAAGUGAAAGACCAUCUUCUGCAGAUCUGUUAUCACAUCAAUAUAUCACCAGAACGCGUUCUCCUCAAGUUUUAAUAGAUUUAAUUCAGAGGACGAAAGCUGCUGUUAGGGAGUUGGAUAAUUUAAAUUAUCGGAAGAUGAAGAAGAUCUUAAUGAUUGAUGCUUGUGAAACUGAGAGUACAGUCGGCGAUACUGAUGGUACUCCAGACGAACAAACAGGUGGUGAUAGUAGCAAGAGUAAUUCAAUUACAUCGGAGCAUUCUAUUCAUUCGAUGGGUGUUUCUGCGAGCUCUCAAAGUUCCUCCACGAAUAGCCUACCACUGCCAAAUGCUGAUUCAAAUGAUUAUUCCACGGGAUCUGUGCGAAAUCGACAUAAAAUAUCAGCGGGUGGUGUUACUGCCAAUCUUCUUGAGCAUGGUGCCAAUAACUUUGCAACAAUUAGGACGACAUCAAUUGUGACUAAACAACAGAAGGAACACAUGCAGGAAGAGAUGCAUGAACAGAUGAGUGGAUAUAAGAGAAUGAGACGAGAACAUCAAGGUGCUUUGGUAAAAUUGGAAGAACGUUGUAAGAUGGAAAUGGAAUCACAUAAACAAUUACUAGACAAGGAAUACGAAACACUUUUACAACAAUUUAGCAAAGAAUUAGAGAAACUUCAAUUGAGGCAUCUACAGGAAUUAGAACGUAAACUGAAACAAAACCAAAAUGCAGAGAAGAAGCUUCAUAAAGAGAUUACAAGUAGGCAAGAGGCUGAUCGUAAAGCACUGGAAGCACAGCAGAAAAGGGAGUAUAAAGCUUUUAAGGAGAGAUGGAAAAAAGAAUUAUCACAGGACGAAGUUACACCGAAACGGCAACGGGAUGCCACGCUUCAAAGUCAUAAAGAUAGUUUACGACAAAUGGAGGCGCAAGAAGAACAGCGGCUUGCUCGAGGCCAAAGAGAAUAUCUUGAUUUCGAAAUACGUAAAUUUCGCAGAAAAAAGUUGCUCAUUUUUCAUAGUUUAGAGCAAGAAUUACUUCGAGAGGAAUUAAAUAAGAGGCAACAACAGUUAGAACAAGCACAUAAUAUGUUAUUACGACAUCAUGAAAAAACACAAGAACUAGAGUAUAGACAGCAAAGGGCAGUUCACGCGCUUCGGGAAGAUCAAGUUCAACGCCAACAUGCAACUGAACUUGCUAAUCAACAAGAUUAUAUGCAAAGGGCGGAGCGUGACUUGCGUAAAAAACAUGCAUUGGAACUCAAGCAGCAACCUAAGAGUCUUAAACAAAAAGAAAUGCAGAUUCGCAAACAGUUUAGGGAGACAUGUAAGAUACAAACGCGGCAAUAUAAAGCAUUAAAAGCUCAAAUAUUACAAACAACAGCUAAAGAAGAACAGAAGGCGGUUAUUAAAAAAUUGAAAGAAGAACAAAGACGAAAGUUGGCUUUGUUAGGUGAUCAAUAUGAACAGAGUAUUGCUGAAAUGCUUCAAAAACAAAGUAUACGGUUAGAUGAGUCACAAGAAGUCGAAUGCCAUAAUCUCAAAGAAAGAUUAAAUUAUGAAUUAGAAAUUUUAAUGGCAUACCAAUCGAAAAAUAAGAUGCAAGCUGAGGCUCAAAGAAACCGAGAACGUCGUGAAUUGGAAGAUCGAGUAUCGGUCAGGCGAGCUUUACUUGAACAAAAAAUGGAACUUGAAACUGAGGAAUUUCUUAGUGAACGUAGCGAACGGAUACGUCUACUACAUGAAAGACAAGAACGUGAAUUACAACAAUUUGACGAGGAAAGUGCAAGAAUAGGAUUCAGUGCUCUGGCGAUAGCUGAGGCAUCAAAAGAAUCUUAUCCAGACGAUGAAAGCCUUAGUGGCUCAAUGUUAAGUCUGGCUCACAGUAAUAGUUCUACAUCCUUCCCCCCUAAUAGUCUUUAAUUUUAAUCAUAUUGAUAGAAUAUGUAUGUAUGUACGUUUGCCUGUAGUGAGUGCAUAACGAGUUUACCGACGUUUGAUUCAUUGACUUAUACAUAGCAGAAGUUGACUCGUUACGUGCAUUAACGCAAACCUAAAAGGUUUGUUAGGGUUGGGAAUGUGUAUUGGACUGAAAUUAAUGUAACAGCAUAUUUUUUAAUUGUCAAAAUAUGUCAACGUGAUCUAUUCGGAAAGAGAGCUUCAUAUUGAAGAACUUAGAUGCUUUUUGCAACGUUGUAAUAUUUAUUAACCAUAUCCAAAUACCUUGUGAAGUAAAUAGAAGUAAUGAAAGAAAAAUGAAAAAAC